GACCUCCCGAGGAACCCUCAUGCCCUCAAUCGCACACACCACCACCGAGAUGUCGCUCGUAACUCCCAACGAGCAGAUCGUGAGCGGGAUUCAGAAAGGCUACGCGAUCGAUGUCGGAAAGAGCCACGAGAAACACGAGAUCGGUGUCGGCAAGGCCGUGAGUCGUCCAGCCCGGCGUCGCACGCGAGAAGGUGUUCAUCUCGGUGCGUGUCCCGACGGACGGGUACGAUCCCGGGUACGCAAUCCAGUUCACUCUCAAGAACCUCGGGCUGAAAUACAUUCACCCCUAUCUCCUCCCUACCCCGCCAGGAUUCAGCUUGUCGGGCGGACAGAGCCGGAUUGUGCCCGUGUGGGCGAAGAUGGAGCGAUUGAAGGAGAAAGCACCAGUCAAGUAAGCUACGUUGACCAAAAAACGCUCCAUUUCCAGGAACUAAGCACCCGGUCAAUGCAAAAAAACAUCGGGGUCCUCGACUUCGGCGUGAUACACAUCGCCCAACUGCUCGUCGAAGCUAAAAUCCAGCCGGCAGUCAACCAGAUCAUAUAUAACCCAUACCAGCACGUGAAGAACGGUCCCAUCAUCGACCUGUGCCGGAAACUGGAUAUCGCCGUUCGCGCGUACGAAUGUGUCAUGCCGCUUGGAGGGACCGGAGUCACGGGACCACUAGCAAGGAACUUGCCGAUAACGAGUCGGCGGUUGGGGCCCGGAUGCGACUCCCACGAGUAUCCUGCUUGCCUGGAUCAAAUCCAAAUCCAAAGGUGUCCUCCCCCUCCUGUGGAAAUCUGAGCGAGACAGACAGACUGAAAGAUGACGUCGAGACCAACUCACUGGGCGUGUGAUUCCAAAUUUUCAAUGUGCUGGUUCAUUAGUGCUGAUCGGAGGUGUGACUCGGCCAGGCAUGGUCCCAGCUGACUUGGCCGCAAUCGAUACCCUGGGCAUGAUGGGUGGUGAAAAACCUGCAGCUGAUUUGGGGAAAGACACCAUCGCAGCAGGGAUGAUGAGCGCGUUGGUAAAUCUCAUAGGAAAUGUUAUAUCCAACUCGUAGGAUGAGUAGCAAUUGUUGCGUGGUGAGAUCAUUGGAUACCGUGACGGCAGGUCUAUUCUCAUGUUUAUUAUUCCGAAGAGAGCUUGG